UAUAAGACCCGGAAGAAGAAGCUCUUUGUCACUUGGUCUUCCUACUUCGAACUACGAGAUGAAGAGCGUCCUCCCCCUCACCGUGUGCCUCCUCUUCGGAUGCAGCAAUGGGCAACAACUUGGAAAUCCUUGGCUAGGAUUUGGUUCCUCGGACCUUCUGAUGAGCUUCAGAUAUCCUUUCCAAGGACCGGGUGGCCCAUUUCUUCCAAGGGCCCCCGCAGAGCCUAUGGGAUGCGGCAGGAGGAUAGGCCAAGGAUGCGCCUAUAGGAUGCGGCAGGAGGAUAGGCUAAGGAUGCGCGCAGAGCGUACUCGGCAACAUGAACUGCGGCCAUGGAACAUAUGUGGAUCAGUGCAACAUAUGCCAGUGUGCCAAGGGGCCGAACGAAAUCUGCGGAGGAAUGUGGGGUGAGCUCGGCAGGUGCACCGCAAGUCUCUACUGCUUCGUCGAAAACGAGCCUCAGUUUCUUGGCAUAUGUGUAUCCAACAUCAAUGGCUAAAAGUGGCUGUAGAUAACUUGGAUGUAUGUUCUUUGGACAUUGCAGAUGAUGACAAUAUU